UCUGCGCGCGGCGGAAACGCGGCCCGGAGCAGCCCUGGCCGCGCGCUCAUGGGGGGCCCCGGAGGGAAGAUCAACCGGCCCCGAACGGAGCUGAAGAAGAAGCUGUUCAAGAGGCGGCGGGUGUUGGGCCGCGACCGGCGACUGAAGCACCGGGUGGUCGGGGCUGUGGUGGACGAAGGGCUGACGACGCGGCACCACCUCAAGAAGCGGGCUUCCAGUGCACGUGCCAAUAUCACUCUGUCUGGGAAGAAGCGCAGGAAGCUCCUCCAGCAGAUUCGGCUUGCCCAGAAAGAGAAAGCAGCCAUGCAAGUGGAAGCCCCCCUGCAGCCAGCCAGGACUAGUGAACCACAGCCCAAAAGACAAAAGAAGACAAAAGCCCCCCAGGAUGUGGACAUGGAAGACCUUGAAGAGGAGAGCUAAGUGUCUCACUCCUUCCUCCAGAAGAUUCUUAACCAGAGGCCGCAAGACUCAGUGGUUCAGAGGACUUUAGAGAGAGCACAGGCCGGCCCUCUCACAGUCCCUCUUCCAUGAUGGCCUAGUGACCUGCUGGGGCAUGUAUUGAGAGGGAGAAGGUGGGAAAGAAAGACAUGGAGAGGGCCCUCCUUAGUAUCCAACUCCAUUUUAAAAAGUCCUGGAGCGUGCUCUAAGAUGUGUGUAAUUAAAUGUAGGAAUGGGGGUAGCCCAUGAAAAGGGGUCUGGGGGCAUGGGAAAAGGAGCCACAGAGCUUACUAGAGUUGAACAAAGGCAACAAGAAGCCAGCCUCUGAUUGCCCAACUCCUAGUGAGCUCUUCAUGUCUGACAAAAAUAGAGAUUACUGCAGGGGCGGCCGAGGAGGGGAGGGUCCUGGUAUCAGCCCUGCCACUAUGUGAGCAGGUGGGCAAGUGGCUUUAGGUCAUGUUUGUCAUGUUUGUCUGCUUCCUUUGCUGGGGUAUAUUUUUAAUAAAGUGAAGACCAAACAUUAUUUUUCCCUUUAAUGUUCAGAAUUCUGUUUCUUGGAAACCAGGGCUGGUAUAUUUGGUUAAAAUGAAAGCUACUUAUGAGACGGCGUGUUCUACAAGGGAAAAGCAUGUUCUCCAGCCCUAGUUAAUCAGUGCAGGCUUCCUGGAAGAGGCAGGGUUUGGGCCCAAUAUUGUCCUUUAUAUUUUGAACAGUUUCAAAUCUUCAGUAAUGUUAAAAGAGAUUAGUACAAUACAUCCUUAUUUAUGCAUGCUAUUGGAAUUUAGCAACCUAACAUUUUGCUAUACUUGUUUUAUAUCUCUCUACACACUUGCAUGUGUGUAUGUCUGUAAGUGUGUAUUUUUGUUGUCUUUAGGGUCUCAUUUGAAAAUACAUUGCAGAUGAGCUUUUAUCCCCUAAGCACAUUCUUCUAUAUAGACAAAAUAUUAUCACACCUAAGACAUUUAACACUGGUGAAUUAACUAGUAUCCAAUUUUUCAUGUUCAGAUCUUCUCAGUUGUUCCAGUAAUUUUUUUUUUUAAGAUUUAUUUAUGCAUACAAGAGCUGGAGUGUAGGCCAGAAGUGCAGAGAGGUGAGAUGAUUCACCAGAGACAGAAUGGGGAGCAGAUCUGCUGAAAUACACUGCUGAAGGGAGCAGCAGAGAAGACAGGAGAGGUCUGCUGCGCCAUGUGGGUCAGCUCCCUGGCUGCGGAUCAAACUCAUGCUACAGUGGCUGAAGAUAGCUUCAUAGUGCUGAGACUUAAACCCUUGUGCCACCAGGGAGG